AUGAAGGAAUCAAAUACAUUCGAACGGAUUCGCCAUGUUCUGCAAAGAUACAGGGCGGAGCAAGUACCUCAGCUGGCGCUUUCAGGUUCAUACUCGCGGCAAUCGGCCGACUACUCGCGGUCUUUACUCUGGAAAAUUGUAGCAUUCCAAAUAACAGGACAUCUGGAAGAUCUUAAUCUGAGAAUGCUUAGAGAGUGCAGAAAAGAUUAUGAAAUAUUGAGAAGCGAGUUCAUGGUGCCAUGGAAUGAGCUUGCAAAAGAUCAUGAGUUCUACUGCGACUUGCAUGUGGAAUCUGAUCUGAGCGAAAGCUUUGGGAAGAAAUUGAAAGUGUCUAGAAUGCGGAUUGAACAUCAUCCACUGAGUACCCCCAAGACCACCAAAAUGACUGACAUUCAAACUUUAGAAAGCUUGAUUGCAGAUGUUGAUCGACUGUUUCCUCAAAUUCCUGAAUAUUUCAUUGACAAUAAGGAAAACAGGCGGCAGCUGAUUGAGGUAUUGUACAUUUGGUGGAAGCUCAAUGGCAGCCAGUAUUCUCAAGGACUACAUGAGAUAGCCGGAGUGAUAUUUGUUGCGCUUAAAACGGAAUCCAUUUCCAAGGCAAAUUUUCAGAAUCCAGACCGGGGAAGCACACUUGUCGUGGAGCUGAUGGAUGCGACGUAUUUACGUCAUGAUGUUUUCAGCAUGUUUCAGAAAAUGACAGAAUCAUUGGUUGACCUUUAUUACGACGAAACCUCUCUUCUCCAAGAAAGCAUCAAGUUUGAUCUUAAGCUACGGCUUGUGGACAAGUACCAAUAUCACCUUUUGAAGAAUAAGCUACACAUAGAUUCGUCAAUCUGGCUUAUUCGGUAUUUCAGGCUGCUGCUAAUCCGUGAGAUAGGACUUGAAUAUUCAUUCGACCUCUGGGAUAAACUUGUUGCCUUUUCAUAUACUCAGCAUCCGGAUAAAUUAGACCUGAGCCUGCUUUUGCCUUAUAUUAUCAUCCUGCUCCUUUCUCUCAUCAAACCACACUUGAUUAUUUCGGAUUAUGGUGAGGCCCUCUACUUAUUACUUCAUUAUCCCAUAGAGGACAGACAUAAAAGCCAAUUACCAUCAUCGGCAAUUCUUGUUAAUGAAGACGCAGGCUCUCCUACCGAAGAGUCGACAUUCACAUAUAUUCAGGAAAAUCAUCAAUCAAAGAACUCAGGGUCAUUUGAUUUUGUAAGCACAAACAAUAAUGAACAGGAACUAUUGCAGCUCGAUAUUCUACAAAUCACAAAAGAUGCGAUCACUUUAUACCACAUGUCUGACCAAGAAUUGUGUGUUAUUGGAGCUCAAAUAAUAGAGUCGUAUUCGGGGUUAUCGAAUGAGGAGAACAAAGAAGGUGUGUUGUCUGCGAAUCCAAUCAGGAAACAAUCAUCUCCACUAGGAGAUAUGCUCAGAAGAUCAGCUUCGUGGACAAAAAAAACAAGUUCUUCUGGCAAGAACAAAAGCACUUCGCAUUGCAAUCAAAGGAAGGAUUUUGAUCGCACAAGGCUGGAACUAAGAUUACGAAACAAGGUGUCACAAGCAUGCAAAAAGUAG